AUGGACAGAUUUCGCCGGCCCCAACAGGGUGAACAGGCUGACCAAAACGAUCCAGAAUAUGAUAAUGCUGAGCCACCUGUCAUCCAGGGUAUCGAUAUGUCAAGGUACACGGAUUUCCACGAUGAGGAUGACAAUGAUGCUGAUAGCGAUAACCCAGACCACACCAACCAGGACCGCAUGUACACAGCCUUGGCUUAUUCGAUGCUACGGGAGCGCAACUCCCGCCUCGCUCUUCAAAACGACGGAAGCAUGAGUAGCAUUCGAGAAGCCCACCUCGAACUGCUCCUGAAAACGGAGCUGCUGUAUCGCAACGAGUUGGAACGAAAACGCAGGCAAGUUGAAGAUAUCAAUGAUAUUCGAAAGAAGCGUCAAAUCGAUUUCCAGCCGAUUAACGAGCAUCUCGAGGAGAAAUGGCACGACGGUAUUAACUCCAUGAUCGACAUGGGUAUUCAGCGACGCACACAAUGA